AAAAACACAUUUAGGAGCAAACCUUGUCAACAUUACAAGCAGGAAAUUUAAUUGAUCAAAGUAGCGAUGCCGCCCAUUACAAUAUGGUUGGUGGGCACAGUGGUGAAGGUGGUGUUGUUGGCAUUGAAAACAAUUCGAAUCACAUUUCAAAUAAUAUUGCCAAUAAAUCCCAAAUGCAUUCUUUAAAUUCGAAUGGCAUACAAAAUCAAGUCAAUACAAAUAAUUCUACGUCUAUGAAUUCCAACUCCUCUACUUCUACCAGUGCCGCUGGCUAUUGUUCAAAUUGUGGUGUUGCCUGUAAUAUAUUGAAUAAUUCGCCACAUGGUAAACUAUGUUCCAGUUGCCAUCAUCAUUGGAGACGCACUGGCAAUAAACGUCCCAAUUCGGGUCCAUAUUUUUGCAAAAGAUCUCGUGACCGUAAUGCUGAACGUCAUAAACGCAACCCGCCUCGUGGCAUGUAUAUAAAUCAUGAUGAUAUUUUCGCUCUGGCCAGUGCAAAUGAUAAUCAAGAUGAGUUACUGGCAAAUAUUGAUCGUGAAAUUGUCUCCCUCUUAAGUCAAUUAAGAAUUUUUUAA